GCCAGGUUCUCCGUUGAGGCUUUUCCGAGCGAGCCCCUUGAAUCGCAUCCACAUUCUGAGGACCGAGGGAAGGAGGACCCCGAGAAAGCUGAGACUAUCCUCUGCUGGGGCCAUGGACUCGGACGCCAGCUUGGUGUCCAGCCGCCCGUCGUCACCAGAACCCGAUGACCUUUUUCUGCCGGCCCGGAGCAAGGGUAGCAGCGGCAGCGGCUUCACGGGGGGCACCGUGUCCUCGUCCACGCCGAGCGACUGCCCGCCUGAGCUGAGCGCUGAGCUGCGAAGUGCCAUGGGCUCAGCGGGCGCGCACCCUGGGGACAAGCUGGGAAGCAGCGGCUUCAAGUCAUCCUCGUCCAGCACCUCGUCCUCCACCUCGUCGGCGGCCGCGUCGUCCACCAAGAAGGACAAGAAGCAGAUGACCGAGCCAGAGCUGCAGCAGCUGCGCCUCAAGAUCAACAGCCGCGAGCGCAAGCGCAUGCACGACCUCAACAUCGCCAUGGAUGGCCUGCGCGAGGUCAUGCCCUACGCGCACGGCCCGUCGGUGCGCAAGCUCUCCAAGAUCGCCACGCUGCUGCUGGCCCGCAACUACAUCCUCAUGCUCACCAACUCGUUGGAGGAGAUGAAGCGACUGGUGAGCGAGAUCUACGGCGGCCACCACGCUGGCUUCCACCCGUCGGCCUGCGGCGGCCUGGCGCACUCGGCGCCCCUGCCCGCCGCCACCGCACACCCCGCGGCCGCCGCGCACCACCCGGCUGUGCACCACCCCAUCCUGCCGCCAGCCGCCGCCGCCGCCGCCGCUGCCGCCGCCGCCGCCGCGGUGUCCAGCGCCUCUCUCCCGGGCUCCGGGCUGUCGUCGGUGGGCUCCAUCCGACCUCCGCACGGCCUCCUCAAGUCUCCAUCUGCAGCCGCGGCUGCCCCGCUGGGGGGCGGGGGCGGCGGCAGCGGGGGUAGUGGGGGCUUCCAGCACUGGGGCGGUAUGCCCUGUCCCUGCAGCAUGUGCCAGGUGCCACCGCCUCACCACCACGUGUCGGCCAUGGGCGCGGGCAGCCUGCCGCGCCUCACCUCAGACGCCAAGUGA